AAGGCUGUCCAGACCUCUGACCCUCUCUUAAUCCCAGGGACUAAGGCAUCUGUCAGUAUCUGACCCUUUCUGGGUUUUAUGGUGCUGGCCUGUCUCCGAACUUUCAAGUCUUGAGUGACUGUACCUUGAUGGAACAGGCAUGGAGGAUGUCCUUCCUGCAGUGGGCUGUUAGGAGGCCAUGUACCUUGUUGGAACAAAGCAUUACAUUAACACCUUUUCUCUUAUGUACCAGGAAGUGUUGUCGACCUCGCUGGGAGGAGCACAGUGCCAAGGGUCAGCACACGACCCUAUGUGUCCUAACGGCCACAGUGAGGGUCUGAGGAGAGGAGUGAAGCACCAAGGGACAGCACAUGACGCUUGCUGGCUGCUGCAGCUUCCCUGAGGUUCCUGCAAGACCUGCUGACUCCUCACCCCAGGAGUGGUGGGCAGAGGAAGCUACAAGGCCAGGCAGCAGCCUGAGUGUCGGGACCACCAGGAACACUGCCACUGCUGUGAGGACCAGAAGAACCACCACCAUUACUACCAAUAACAACAACACCUUGCUGCUGGCAUUUCCAGCCAUAAAGGAAAGGGAAAGUUUGAGUGUGAAUAGAUUUGCACACACUGGUGAGGGACACCAUGAGUGACCUGAGUAUGGGGAAUGACUCCCAGGGAAGGACGACCUCAGCAAAUACACUGACACACACUUGUGAAGGACCUCAUGAAUGCCAUGAGUGUGGCAAAAGGUUUAGAUACCAAAGUGCCCUGAACAGACACACCCUUACACACUCUGGUGAAAGACCUUAUGAAUGCCAUGAAUGUGGUAAAAGGUUUACACAGAAGAGUAAUCUCAACACACACACCCUUACACACACUGGCGAAACACCUCAUGAAUGUGAGGUUUGUGGAAAAAGGUUUGCACUGAAGUAUCACCUCAACACACACACUCUUACACACACUGGUGAAAGACAUCAUGAAUGUGAAGUGUGUGAAAAAAGGUUUACACAGAGGAGUCACCUCAACACGCACACCCUUACACACACUGUUGAAAAACCUCAUGAAUGCCAUGACUGUGGCAAAAGGUUCAGUACAGUGGGUAACCUCAACAGACACAACCUUACACACACUGGCGAAAAACCUCAUGAAUGUAAAGUUUGUGGUGAAAGAUUCACUCAGAAGAGUGCCCUAAACCUACACAACUACACACACACUGGUGAAAGACCUCAUGAAUGUGAGGUUUGUGGUAAGAGAUUUAUUAGGAAGAGUUAUCUCAAAGUUCACACUCAUACACACACUGGUGAAAGACCUUAUGAAUGUACAGUUUGCGGUGAAAGAUUCACUCAGAAGAGUCACCUCAACAAGCACAGCCUUACACACACUGGUGAUAGACCUCAUGAGUGUCAACAGUGCGGGAAAAAAUUUGGUGCAAAGUCUGUAUUGGAGCAGCACGCCUUCAGACACUGGCCUGAGAGAGUUCAAAUGUGAGUGUGUGGGAAGCACUUCAAGAUGAAAAUAGAUAUUGCCCAGCACAUGGAGACCCAUUUCUGAGGUGUUGUGUUGUGCUGAAGUUUUGCUGUGUGUGGGAGUGUAGGUGGUAGCUGAGGUGGUGGUGGAGGGCCGUGUGUAGCAUAAAGAAACAAAAGUACUGACUUGUAACAAAUAGUGAUUUUGUGAAUGUGAUGAGUUCAUUAUUUUCAUCCCCAGCUGCAUGUGGUUGGUGGAAGCUGUUAUUUGUUUAAGCAGUAGGGAAAUAAGCCCUCUCCUUCCCAGUAACCCCUCCCCUUCCUUCACAGUAACCCCUUCCCUUCCUUCCCAGUAACCCCUCCCCUUCCUUCCCAGUAACCCCUCCCCUUCCUUCACAGUAACCCCUCCCCUUCCUUCCCAGUAACCCCUUCCCUUCCUUCCCAGUAACCCCUUCCCUUCCUUCCCAGUAACCCCUCCCCUUCCUUCACAGUAACCCCUUCCCUUCCUUCCCAGUAACCCCUUCCCUUCCUUCCCAGUAACCCCUUCCCUUCCUUCCCAGUAACCCCUCCCCUUCCUUCCCAGUAACCCCUUCCUUCCCAGUAACCCCUCCCCUUCCUUCCCAGUAACCCCUUCCCUUCCUUCCCAGUAACCCCUCCCCUUCCUUCACAGUAACCCCUCCCCUUCCUUCCCAGUAACCCCUUCCCUUCCUUCACAGUAACCCCUCCCCUUCCUUCCCAGUAACCCCUUCCCUUCCUUCCCAGCAACCCCUUCCCUUCCUUCACAGUAACCCCUCCCCUUCCUUCACAGUAACCCCUACCCUUCCUUCCCAGUAACCCCUCCCCUUCCUUCCCAGUAACCCCUCCCCUUCCUUCCCAGUAACCCCUUCCCUUCCUUCCCAGUAACCCCUCCCCUUCCUUCCCAGUAACCCCUCUCCUUCCUUCCCAGUAACCCCUCCCCUUCCUUCCCAGUAACCCCUCCCCUCUCCAGUAAGCCCUCCCCUUCCUUCCCAGUUAGCUCUCCCCUCCCCAGUUAAGCCUCUCCCUUCUCACCAGUUCCCCCGAAGAAAGCCUAUUGGUACCAUGGUCAGCAAUUAGAAACAAGUCAAGGACACAUGCUGAGGCAGUGGGUUGUUUGAGAAGAGUCUGUGGGUUAACAAGAUGGAUGGUGUGGGUGAGAGGUAGAGGUGCACAACAUGGGUCUGGCUCAGGUCCACUUUCUUAAACGUAUCAUCAGGUUCCUGUACAACUAUAUCCCGAGGCCAUAGAGAAGAUCAACUGGGUUUUCAUGGGUCUGCCUGCUCAUGGCUCAGAAGUCGUUUAAAACUAUCCCUAGAAAUGCAAAACAGUCCACGAUAAUCCCAGCAACUUCUACGAGAGGCUUUUCAAAUGGGCAAACUGAGGUGCCAAGACAUGUAAGAAUAUGGGCUUGAGAGCAGAAGGGGUCAAGUGUGGAGCAUGUGAGCCUGUGUAGAGUAUUAUGCAGGCCAUCCUGGGGUGAGGGAGAGCUGGGGGAAGGAUGACUUGGCUGCCUCAGGAACCAAAUAGAAGCUUCAACAUUACUUAGUAUUUUUUUUUUCCAUGGAGUGAAGUUUGAAGGUGGCUUUGUUGUGCCAGUAGGGCUGCCAACAGCUUCACAUUACCCUUGCCCAGUAUUAUUAAACCUAUCAGCACCUCAGUUCGCCUGUUUAAAAAUCCUCGUAGAAGUUACUGGGAUGUUCACGGGCUGUUUGGUGAUCCUAGUGAUAGUUUUACGAGAUUUCUGCAUCAUGAAUGGGAAAAUUAUCUAUGAAAACCCAGUAAAUCUUCUCUGUGGCCUUGGGAACUUGUCAUACUAGUAACCCAAUAUGCUUAAGAAUAUGCACCUUGGAUUCAGUAUGCUUCUUAGCCAGGUUCCUACCCAGGCAAUGUGUAGUGUCUGGCUACAGUGGUGUGCUGCAGGGGUCAGUGCUGGGUCCCUAACCUGAUCUUUGUACUGAGCAGUGUGCAGAGUAACAGUGUCUGGCUACAGUGGUGUGCUGCAGGGUCAGUGCUGAGUCCGUGCUACUUAGUAUUGAACAGUGUGCAGAGUAACAGUGUCUGGCUACAGUGGUGUGCUGCAGGGGUCAGUGCUGGUGGGCCUCUGCUGCCACCCUGACCCUUAUACUGUACAGAGUUGCCAGACAUUGUGCAGAGUAGUCCACUUUACUUUUGUUCUGUAAAUCUGGAGAAACCACUUGGUCUGUGUUUUUUAAUUCCUAGUGAUUACAAACCUCACAUUCAUCCUCCUCUUAGCACAGCAUAUUCCACAUCUCCUGUCGGCUGAAUAUAUCUUAAGAUUUGGUUCUUUUCUCUUCUGGGUAGUUUUAAGAGUCUAGUGAUUGCUUGAGAGUUUGCUGGGCAGGGUAACGAGACCAAAACUGCACCGCAUACUCCAAUUGAGGCCUGUCCCAUAUUCUCAAACACUUAAGAGGCCAUUACUCACAGACAUUCUAUAAUUUUUUAGCAUUUUGUUAUGUGUAUACUCUUCCCUUUCUGACCUGUCAUGGAUGGUCCUACAAUAUAUCUUUUACUUUGUCC